AUGUCAAUUGCAUCUCCUUGUAUGAAUGGACGAUGUGAUUGUGAAGCGACUAAUGCAGUGAGUAAUAUGAAGUGUUUCGCAAAGAAUCCUAGAGAAACUAGAGCUACAUUCAAUGCACUGAAUUCGAAUGAUGUGAUAGCAGAACUCAAGAACUGCUCUGAAACUACAAACAGUAUCGAUGAUUGUCGCAACAAAGAAGACGGUCGCACGUUAUCACCGCCGGGUGGUAGCUGCUAUGAGGGCCAACAGUGCACUGGUGGAUCAGUGUGUCGUGAUGGAUGGUGUGUGUGUCCUGAGUCAUCGAUGAUCGUUCUGAAGGGAACGUGUAUCCUCUCAUCUUCAAGACAUGUGUCUGCAGCUGCACAGCCGGUUGCCGAGUUACAAUGGAUUACAUCGAAU